AUGUCAAACGACCGUCAACAAGAACAGAGUAUGCUCUCUGUCCCAGUGAUUGCCUCAUCCCUUAUUGGAGUAUUUGUGUUUUGGUUUAUCAAGCAAAUUUUGGAAAAAAAGAAUUUCGAAAACACUGCCAGAAUCUUAUCCGAUAAUUUCCAAAGAACCCAAGACUUGCAAGCCAAAGAACUUAAAGAAGAAAUCAAAUCAUUACAAGCGCAAAUCGAUGCCAAGAUCGAUAUCAUCGAACAGAAAAACGUCCAUAUCAACUUGAUCAAUAAAGAAUUCCACAAUUUGCAAAAAAAUUACAACCGUUUGAAGAAAGAAUCGAUUUUCUUGAAGGAUCAACUUCAUAAUGCCCAAUUGGAUAUUGUUGAAUUCGAACAAGAGAAUGUCAAUUUGGUCAAUCAAUUAAAUGAUGCUUUGCAGCAUAUCAAUUCGUUGGAUCAAUUAAUUGAAAAUGAGAAGUUGACCGACCAAUCGAUCUCCAAAAUUGACGAAGAAGAGUUUAUCCACGCAGAAACCACCCAGGAGAAUUUCAGCGAAUUGAUGGCCGCUGCUGAAUCUACUAAAAAUAUCAUCACUUCAAGUACUGAAAAACUCACUACUAAACAAGUAACUGCUAAGUUAUCCAGGAGUAACAUUUCCAUUGACAAUCUUUAUAAACGGAAGUUUGUGCCUCGUGAUGACUUUUAUGAUGGGGAUGACGAUGAUAAUAUCAGCGUCACUGAGUCCCAUGAAAAGUCUAGCAGCAAACACAACUCUGUUGCGUCGGCCAGAGAAUCAACUAAACAGUCAGACUUCCCAGAAUCUAACAACAACAUCGAUCUUGAUCAACCAGUAGAGAAAAAACGGGUUCUGAAUAUCGAGUUCGAAGAAGACGAAAUUGUCAACGAAGAGAAUACCGAAACUGCUAAAAACACCAAUGACGAUCAUGAUGGAGCCGAACUCCGUUCUUUCCCGCUGAACAUCAUUUACGAUGAAAAUAUCAUCACUAACGCCAACCCUCCAUCACCAAUGAAGUACGAUUACUCUGCGCAACGUCGUGGGCACGCGAAAACUGAAAGUUCCUUUAGCCACCGUUCUUAUAAGUCGGGAAAGUCUUCUAAAUCGUCCAAAUCAAACACUUCAAAGGUCAUCAUCAAUCCCGACAAUGGCAGUGAAAUCAUGGUGACUGGUCCAACUAAUCUUAGACGUAAUCGCAGUGCCGGGAAAAGUUUUGGGAUAUUCCAUUUUGGUAAAACCAAUAAUCAUAACACUGCCAACGAAGCACAACGUGAGCCAGAAUCAAUGAUCACCAACGCUCAUAUGUACGAUGUCGAAGACGAUUACAAGUUCAAAUGGGUCAGCGAGCUUGAAAACCUCAAAAACUCUGUCAGUCGUUCUAAUUCUACUAAACGUAAAUCUGUCGGCAGCAGUGGGUACGGGUACCAUCAUAACCACCACCAAUUCGAAGACGAAAUCGAUGUUCCAGAAAAAGAAACUAAAACCGAUGUUGCCAGCGACGUUUUGAUGGUCGAUUACCAACGUGGGGUGAUCUAUUCCAAGGAUUACAAUGCUUCUCUGAAUUUGAUCCCAAAACUUAGCAAAGGGAACAAAUUCGGAUUCAAGCGCAAGAGUGGUGACAAGGCCGCAUUCGAAAGAAGGGCCGUCUCUUCUUCAACUUGA